AUGAAGUUGACUGGCGACGGAGGCCUCGGGGACGAAUGCGAUAACAAUGCCAACUGCAAUGGAAAUGCCAAUCUCCAUUGCGAAGAUGGAAUAUGCAAGUGUGCAGACGACUUCGAGCUCAACGUGGAAACCCUUACUUGUGAUAAGAAGCCAGGUGGGUUGGGAGACGAAUGCCUGACAGAUGCAGACUGCGACGUCGAAGCUCAUCUGGAAUGCAAUCCCAGCCUGGACAAGUGCGACUGCAUGCCUGGAUUCGAGAUCGACCCUGACACUCUCCAAUGCGUCUAAAAGUAGAAGCACGUUUCAAUUAUGCAUCCAUUAUGCAUAUCUUUGGAAUUAAAUAAUUUCGCCUGC